AUGGCAGCCGGGAAGUACCCAGAGAGGCUGGAGUGCUCGUACCACCAUUAUGGGACCGUGGCGAAGAGUAAUGAAGAUGUUGGUGAUGAAGACGUAGGUCCCGAAGAGAGCCGAUACUCGAGCCUCGUUGCAGAGAAGGCGCAUAGGAAGAACGCGAAGAAUUAUUAUAGGAAUCACGAGAAAGUGUGGCUGGAUUAUAACGUGGGUCAGAAUCAGUUUGGUAGGAUGAUAUAUGUGGAUGUUGGGGAUGCGAUUCAGGGUAUGAAUGGGAAAAAUCCGCAGAAGAUUGAAGUGGCUGUUGGUAGAUAUUGGAGGAGGAAGCGGGAUAAGCGGAGGGCGGAUCAGUGUCGUACAUUUCUGUUGGUGAACUGGGUGAACCGAACGAGGGUUCAACACGAUCAACAUAAUAGUAAUUCGGAGAAGUAUGAGUGGGGGAAAGUCCCGGCGAAGAAGAGAGAUCGUCGUCCACUGUGUCUGGAGAGUUAG